GAGGGGAGCGGGGGGGGGAGGCUGGCGUCCGUGGAGAGAGGCAGAGAGAGAGAGCGCACGCGAUGGAAGAGAGCUGCAGGGAGCGGGCGCGAGAGGCUGAGUAGGCGGACGCCCUCCGUGCUGGGCACCUAAGCCAGCUGCAUCCGCGACAACCUCUCGACAGUUCGAGAUCGUCCCCCCCCCUCCCUCCACCACCACCACCACCCCCUCGUGUCUCCACGUGCCUCCCUGGGUCGCCACGUGUCUCCUCCGCCCUGCGUCUUCUUUCGCGCCACGACGUCCACGCGUCCCCAGCAUCGCGGCGUCGGGACUGGAACGGCGACAUCGACGGAGCAGCAGAGCUGAGGUCCCGCCGGUGAGACGAGGGGUAGCAGACCGCCCCAUGCGACAGCCGCGGUCGCACCAUGACCAAGGGCAAGAGCGUGCGGGGCCACCUAGGCGCUGGCGCGGGCCUUCACCUGCUGAGCCGCGGCCUCCUGCAGGCGGCCGUCGUGUCGAGCCUGAGCCCCGCCGAGCUGCUGGCGCUCUCGGGCGUCUCCACGGAUCACCGCGACCUCAUCAUCAACGUGGGCGGCGCGCGGUACUCGCUGGGUCGCGACGCGCUCCGCGACUUCCCGCUGGGCCGCGUGCGGCGGCUGCGCGACUGCGUCUCGGAGGCCGAGGUCCUCGAGCUGUGCGACGACUGGGAUCGGGACUCGAACGAGUACUUCUUCGACCGUCACGCGGACUCGUUCCGCGCCGCCGUGGGCUACGCGAGGCACGGCCGCCGCCUGCGACUGCUGCCGCACAUGUGCGAGCUGUCGUUCCGCGGCGAGCUCGCCUACUGGGGUCUGGACAGCCACGCGUGCCUCGAGCCGUGCUGCGUCAAGAGGCUCGACGAGAGGAUGGCCGAGUGCGCGUUCGGCGCCGCCGCCGCCGACGCCGAGAGGCAGGAGGCGGCGGAGGCGGCCGCGGCGGCCGCGCGCUCCCCCACGCCGCCGUGGCUCGAGCGCAUGAGGAGGACGUUCGAGGAGCCCGGCUCGUCCGUGCCCGCGCACAUCCUGGCCGCGGUGUCUGUGCUCUUCGUGCUGGUCUCCGUGGGGCUGCUCUGCGCCAGCACGCUGCCCGAGUGGAAGGCGAGCGAGCGCGCGGGCAGCGCGGACGAUAACAGCAGGAUCAUCGAGGCGGUGUGCAUGGGCUGGUUCACGGCCGAGUGCAUCGUGCGCUUCCUCAUCGCGCGCGACCGCCUUCGCUUCUUCCGCCAGCCACUCAACGCCAUCGACGUGCUGGCCAUCUCGCCCUACUACGUGGCCGUGGCGCUCGCCUCGGCGGGCGCCGACACCCCGCAGCUGCAGCGCGCCGGCGUGACCCUCCGCGUGCUGCGCAUGCUGCGCAUCUUCUGGCUCCUCAAGCUGGCCCGCCACUCGGUGGGCCUCCAGACCCUCGGCCUCACCCUGCGCCGCUGCUACCGCGAGAUGGGCAUGCUGCUCAUGUUCGUCGCCGUGGCGAUGGCCAUCUUCGCCGCCCUGGCGCAGCUGCUCGAGGCCGGCCUCGACGUGGACGGACACGCGUCGGACUUUGCCAGCAUCCCCGCCUCGUGCUGGUGGGUCAUCAUCUCCAUGACCACAGUGGGCUACGGGGACAUGUUCCCCAUGACGGUGCCGGGCCGCGUGCUGGGCGGCGCGUGCGUGGUGAGCGGCAUCGUCCUGCUUGCGCUGCCCAUCACCUUCAUCUACCACAGCUUCGUGCAGUGCUACGGGGAGCUGCGCCUGCGUGCCACGCGAAGCGGACGCAUCCCACCGAGUCCCCUCUUCAUGGACACGGACGGCUAGAGGAGUUCCAUGCCUCCCCGCCCCGAGCCCCCCACCACCUCGUUCGUCGUGAACAGCGACGACUCGCGGGGGACAUGUGCGUGAGCAGUGGGGGUGGACUUGACCCGAACUCUGGCAUGUGCCUCGUGCCCCCCCCCCCCCCCACCACCACCCUCCACCCUCCACCCACCACACACCCCCCCACCCCACCCACCCACCACACUUGCUAAUGAACAUCUAUCGUCAGUGGUGAAGGUUAUUUAAUUACACGGGUGGAUGUCGACGUGGGGGCGGAGGGGGGGGGAGUUGAAGCUGGCACGUGGGUCCCUACGGAGACGCCCUUGAGAUCUCUCGCAGGGGAAGGGCGUCUCUCCGUGCUGGAGAACGGCCCGCGGAACGAGCCCCCCCCUCCCCCGCCCCCAUUCAGAGGUGGGUCCUCGGGGUGGCUGGGGCUGCCCUCGAGUUGAGGUCAAAGAGCUCCUCGCAGACGACCACGGCUCUUGUGAUGCCGCCGUCGUCACCACACUGCACCAUCGCUUCCUUCCUUCGGCCAGGUCCCCGAGAGAGCCGUUGCGUAGUCGACACCCUGCCUGGCCUUCUCGUUCUGUGCUCUUAGCUUCACCCCCGCUCAAUAUUUCGCACUGAAGAUGGUGGUGGUGAUGGUUGUAGUUGUGGUGGAGGAGUCGGAGGAGGUGGUGGUGGUCGUAGUUGUGGAGGUGGUGGUGGUCGUA